GUUGGAAUGUGUGUGCUUGCGUGAGAGUGUGUGUGUGUGUCUGCAUGAAUAUGUGUGUGUGUAGCUUGUUAAUGCAGUAACUGCAUAUGUCUUGACUUUGCUGUGUUAUAUCUGCUAUAUUAGCAGUUAUAUUUGGAGUGCUAAUGCUGUUGCCAUUGCUCCUUCUCUUAUCUAAAAGGCCUGAAGGUCGUAAUCAUCUGACUUGUCCAUUGUCCAGAAGCUUUGUUGAUUGGGACCAAGCAGGGGUCCCCAGCCCCCAAUUCGUGGACUGGGCCGUGGCAUGCCAGAACCGGGUCAUGCAAACAAGCAAAACUCAUCCACAGGAUCCAGGCAGUACAUGAAACCACGCUCCUUCCGGUCCAUGGAAAAACCUCUCUCCACGGAACCGGUUCCUGGUGGCCAAAAGGUAGCAUCAAUUUUGUACAUAACUUCUACAUUACUGUACCAAGGAAUGUAGUAUCAUAGAAGAUUUCUUUUAUAGGAAUUGUUGCCACAAAAAAGCCAGACAUGGCAAGGAACUGCUCUGGUUGCAAAGAAAAGAGACCUGCACACAGUUUGUGUACUAACUGCAACAAGUGGCUUUGUAGCUUAUGUACAGAAGAACACAGUCAUAGCAAAGAAGCUGGAGGAGAACAUUUUUUGCCAGUCUCCUUGAAAGGAUGUUCAGGAGUUGAAGGGGAAGCCAAUGAAUGUCCGUUGUUUUGUCCAAUUCACAGCCAAGAGAGACUUAAGCUGUUUUGUGAGACUUGUGACGUCCUUACCUGUCGCUGCUGCCUCCUGACGGAGCACAAGGAUCACAGAUUCAGGCAUCUUCAAGAAGCAUUGCAAAAUCAGAGGGUUAUCCUGGAAAACAUAACCUGCAAAGUAGAAGAGAAAAAAAAUGUAAUGCAAGUCUCAGCUAAACAUAUUGAAGACAGAUUGUUUGAAGCAAAACACUUGCAACGGAAAAUAGAAAAUCAGAUCAAAAUGGCCAAAAUGGUCCUGAUCAGUGAAAUAAAUAAGCGGACAAAUGUUCUUCUUGAACAGUUGGAGCGGAUCACCAGUGAAAGGAAGCAAAAAAUGGAACAACAGCUUCAGGGAAUCAUGAUGUUAAACAGGCAGUUUGAACACGUGCAAAACUUUCUUAGCUGGGCAGUAUGCAGUAAAAGCACCGUUCCAUUCCUCUUCAGUAAAGAACUGAUUGUUUUUCAGAUUCAGCGUUUGCUAGAAACCAACUAUAAUGCAGAUAUAGGUUGUCCUUGGAAGAUCAGAUUCACAUGGGACCCGUCUUUUUGGACUAAACAGCUAUCCAAUUUAGGCCACUUGUCAAUGGAAGGGGGGCCAAGUCACCAUUCAGAUGUACCAACCUAUGCAAGUAUACAAGGAAUGCAGCCAUCUCUGUAUCACCAUCAUGGCCAUCAUUCUCCAGUGCCACAACAUGACCCCCUCAAUAACCAGCCCCACCAAUUUCAGCCUCCUGUCCAUUGCCUGGCACCCAUGUGCUAUGCCCAUUGCCUUAAUAUCCCACAUAUGAACAAAGGGCAGCUUUCUCAUCAAACUGUGAGCCAUCCUCAGUCUUUCCGACAGCCUUCUGAAAUGCAACAACACCACCCACAACAUUUCCCUGUGCAGUACAGCUUGCAGCAACAUGAGAGGGAGCAGAGGUGUGCCCCACGAGUGCUGAAAAGCCUGCAGCCGUAUGCUGAGCAGAAAUCUCAAGAGCCUGAUAGCCUAACCACCAGGUUGAGCAAGAACUCCCAGGAGCAGCCAAUGCACCAUGCCCUUCCACCUAUUUAUCCCCUUUCAUCACAGGAUGGCCACCAAAGCAAAGGUAGUCACUCCCAGCAAAUCCCUGCACAGUCUUCUCUGCACAGCCCAACAGUGCAGGUUCAAGUCAGUCCCCUCCAGAAGCUAAAGCUGAAUAAUUUGCAGCCACAGCCACAGCAGCAGCCGCCACAACCACAGCCACAACCACAGCCACAGCAACCACAACAGGAACAUCCAUUGCCACCCCCACCCCCACUCUCACCCCAACAGUCGCCUGCCGCAGGCCAAAACGAGAAGUCUCACGAACAAGUGAUACAACAGAGCUUGGACAUCAUGCACCACCAGUUUGAACUGGAGGAAAUGAAGAAAGAUUUGGAGCUUCUCCUUCAGGCUCAGCAACCAAGCCUGCAGCUCAGUCAGGCCAAGCAGCCUCAGCAUGUUCAGCAAACCAUUGUUGGCCAGAUAAACUACAUUGUCAGGCAGCCAACCACGGUUCAGCAGCAAAACCAAGAAGAAGUGCAGCAAAUUGGUGAAGAUUCUGCUGAAUCAGAAGGUCAAAAACCAGCACUUCCUCUUGAUAGAAAUGUGAUCCCAUCUAUGUCUCAGCCAGGAGAUGAAGCCACUGUCAACUUGCAAUCUCCAGAGAGUAUAUUGAGUCCAGUCAGAAAGCGGUCAGCUUCAAUGAACAUAGUGGGUUUUCCAAACAUUUUAGAAGUUGAUUUAUCUUCAUCAAGGGCACCCAGACAAGCUGAUUCACAGGCAAAAGAAAUCUGCAGUGCAACAUCUAGCCUGUCCCAGAAUGUACCGCAUGUCUCUGAAGCGCUUCCUGGAUCUGUAUCUACUUAUAAUCUGUCCUUGGAUAGAACGAGGACCCUGAGUUCUGAAAAUAUCGAACACUUAGCAAUUGGUGGCAUGCCUUUGGUAAACCCAGUUUGCAAGCUGGAAAAUGAAGAGUUUAGCCAUGUGAGUUAUCCUCUUGGGAGCAAUAUUGUCACUGCGCAAUCAAAAGACAUAAAUGAAAUGGCUCUUCCUUUGCAAAAUAUUCUGGAAGAGCCUAUUAAUCUCUCAGUGAAGAAAACUCAGCCAUGUACCUCCUCUCCCUUACUUAUCAGCAACACAACCUUCAUGCAAUCUGUUAAUCCCAAACCAGGACACACUGAAGAUUGUCCUAACUGUGAAGAAGAACAUUUUGAAAAGGAAAUUAAAAGUAGUCAGAACAACAGAAUUUGUGCCAAAGAAGUAAAAAUUCCUUAUGUGCGAUUGGAACGAUUGAAGAUAUGCACAUCAGAAUCUGGAGAGCUUCCAAUUUUUAAAUUGCAGCCACAGAAAAGUACACAUGAUGGGACAUUUCUGUUGAUUAUUGAAUGUGGUACUCAGUCUUCAAGCAUGGCUAUUAAGGUCAAUCAAGGACAUUCAUCUGAAAGUCUAAAUCCUAAACUUGGAGAAAACCUGGCGAAAAGCAGGAUCCUCACAAGCCAGCUGACUGAACAGGUGUUACUUCCUUCAGGAGAUCACAGGCUCAGUAACAAUAUGAAGAAAUCUGGGCUUCCUCAGGAAGAUCACACUAUUGAGAAUGAAGACUUUUGUGCUGUUUGCCUGAAUGGAGGAGAACUUUUGUGUUGUGAUUACUGCCCAAAGGUGUUUCAUCUCUCAUGCCAUGUUCCUGCAUUACUUAGUUUUCCUGUGGGUGAAUGGGUGUGUACACUUUGUCGCAAUGUGGAAACACCAGAGGUAGUCUAUGAUUGUGAAAACACACGAUUUGACUACAAUACACUCAUGCAAGCAAGACCAGUUUAUAGCCUUGGUGAAUAUGACCAAAAGAAGUGUGAAAAACUGGUGCUUUCAUUGUUCUGCAAUAGCUUGAGUCUUCCAUUCCAUGAACCGGUCAGUCCCCUGGCUCGCCAUUAUUAUCAGAUUAUCAAGAAGCCCAUGGAUUUGUCCAUCAUUCGGAAAAAACUUCAGAAAGAAGACCAACUGCAUUAUACCACUUCAGAAGAGCUGGUGGCUGAUGUGCGCCUUAUGUUUUGGAACUGUGCAACGUUCAACUAUCCUGAUUCAGAGGUUGCUGAGGCUGGAAGGUGCCUGGAAAUAUUCUUUGAAAGCAAGCUCAAGGAAAUUUAUCCAGAGAGACGGUUCCCCUUCGUACAACAAGAUGAUUCUGAUUUAGAAGAUGUGGAACAUGAGAAUAGUCAAGCAACCCCAGAAGGAUUGCAGUGGCCUUCAUAUAGGCAAGAGUGUAUCCAGCCUAAAAGAAGACGAAGACAUGCUGAAAAUGAAAAACCUAAAAGACCCAUGUUUUGGCCUGCGAAAGGUUUCUCUCAAGUAUGAGUUCUAUAAUGUUGCUUGGUAUACUUUGAACAACAGCAACAACAAAGGAACUGACUUUGUAAGAAGAGGUGGAAAAUGUGUAUUUAAAGGCUUAAUAUGAAUUUCAGAGUGAUUGAUUUUAUUUCUGUGAAGGGAGGGUACAUUCUAAACAUAAUAUAUUUUAAACGGCAGUCUCCAAGUUAUCUGUUAUGUUUCAUUAUUUGUAUUUAGACAGAUAAUGAAAUAAUAAUUAGUAAUAGUAUGCUAUUUUAAAAAUAGUUUUAUAAAUUCCUUUGAUUUAUAGUUUUUAGGUAAUAUAGCUACCUGGCUGUUUUCUGUAGGUAGGACAUAUUUCCCACUUGGUUUUCCUGAAAUAAAGUUAUUAAAUUUCAUAGGCAUCACUGACUAAGUCUAUCCUCUCCUACACUGAAAAAAAAACUGAAUUCCACUUUGCAGUGCCAUUCUAGGCAUGUGAUGUUGUUGGCUAAGCGGUGGGCGGUUGACUAUAUCCUAAGAGGCUAAAUGAAACAGGAGGUCUUGGUUUUUUACAUAAUAGAAUUCUAGAAUGUGACUCUACAAGAAAUAAAUGGAAAGCACAUCAUGCAAGAAUGUUACUUCUGGGGAAAUUGGGAGGCUUGAAUACCCUUCUGACACCAGGAACUCACACUACAGAUAUGUUUAGAUUAUCCUAAUUCUUUGUCUGAUUUCACUAUAAAAUUGACAGGGUGUUAUUGAAGCCAAUCAACAAGUGUGAGUUUUUGUAACUAACAGAGUGAUAGAAUAUUUUUCUUGCCCUCUUUUGAUCAGUAUGGAAUCUAACUUGAAAUAUAUUGAGCCCUGAUCAUGCUAUGUUCAUAAAGCCACCCAUAUGCCUCAUUCUCAAACCCAAGUGAAUUAUGUAAUUCAUACAGAGCGACUGGAGGAAUGGGUGAUGGACGUUUUAUCUUCCCCAGUUCUCAUCUCUUAAAGCAAGGGUGAUUUUAAUAGCUUCAAAGGAUAACUAUUUCCCAGAUAUACUAAGUAGACAGUACUUUAAAUCAAUGUUUCUCAAUCUUUAAGCAACUUUAAGCUGUGUGGACUUCCACUUCCAGAAUUUCCCAGCCAGCAAGGAAUUUUAAAAUUGCCAAAGUUGAGAAACACUGAUGAACACCAAGUGGGAUUUUCAGCACAAACUUUAUGAAUUAAUUCAAUAUUGUAUCCAUGAAUGUUUCAGUGGAAGGCACUUUAA